UCCGCGUGGGUGUGACACUCGACGAAUGUCACUUACAUAAUUACGCGUGUUUCAAGCUCUUAUCAAGUUUGUCUCGCCAUAAUCGUAAGAGGUACGUGACGGACGAUGGCAUCACUUAGAUGGUUUGUAGCAGGAGCAAGUGCUGUAGGUGCUGGUACUCUUACCUCACACUUUCUUCUGUCGGAUACUACGGUACAUGCAGACAAAGGAAAACCAAGACCGCCUCGAAGAACUUUACCAAUACGAGAGGAUCAAGUAAAGGCUUUAAAAUCGCAAGAGUACGAUGUACUUAUAAUUGGAGGUGGUGCCACAGGAGCAGGAUGUGCUCUGGAUGCUUGCACACGAGGUUUAAAAACCGCAUUGGUCGAAGCCGAUGACUUUGCAUCUGGGACCUCUUCUCGAAGCACAAAGUUGAUUCACGGUGGUGUACGAUAUUUACAAAAAGCAAUCAUGCAAGUGGACAUUGAGCAAUAUAGAAUGGUCAAAGAAGCACUUCACGAACGUGCGUCAAUGCUGCAGAGCGCACCGCAUCUGGCGCAUCCAUUACCCAUUAUGUUACCAGUUUAUACAUGGUGGCAGAUUCCUUAUUACUGGUUUGGCAUUAAGAUGUACGAUCUGGUAGCGGGUAGCAAAACGGUGAAAUCGUCGUACUAUUUAAGUAAAUCGAAUGCGUUAGAACUUUUUCCAAUGUUGAAAGGUGACAAAUUGACGGGAGCGAUCGUCUACUACGAUGGUCAGCAAGACGAUGCUAGGAUGAAUUUGGCAGUCGCUCUGACAGCUUCGAGACACGGGGCGACAGUCGUAAAUCACGUUAAAGUGGUCAACCUACUGAAAGGUCUCGACAAAGAUGGCAAACGUGUCCUCGUGGGUGCUCCUAAAGACGACCUUACGGGAGAGGAGUGGGAUGUAAAAGCUAAGGCGAUAAUCAACGCAACCGGUCCUUUUACUGAUUAUAUUAGAAAGAUGGACGAUCAGAACGUUCAGACUAUCUGCUCUCCAUCUUCUGGAGUUCACAUAGUUCUGCCGGGAUAUUACAGUCCUGAUCAGAUGGGUCUACUCGAUCCAGCGACGAGCGAUGGCCGUGUAAUCUUCUUUUUACCGUGGCAAAAGCAAACUAUCGCGGGAACGACCGAUCUACCAUGCGAGGUAACGCAUAAUCCUCGGCCCACAGAAGACGAAAUCAUGUUCAUUCUACAGGAAGUAAAAAACUACUUAAAUCCGGAUGUCGAAGUACGCCGCGGAGACGUUCUCUCCGCUUGGAGCGGUAUCAGACCGCUCGUUUCCGAUCCGAACAAACCAAAUACACAAUCACUCGCUAGGAAUCAUAUCGUGCACGUUAGUCCUACGAAUCUCAUCACGAUAGCAGGCGGAAAAUGGACAACUUAUCGAGCGAUGGCUGAAGAAACCAUUGACGCGGCCAUAAAAGCUUGCGACCUAGAACCAGAAAGAUCUUGCCAGACUGAUGGUUUCCUUCUGGAAGGUGCACAGGGUUGGAGUCCUACAAUGUAUAUUAGAUUGGUGCAGGAUUUUGGUUUAGAAUGCGAAGUCGCGCAACAUUUGUCCAAGAGUUACGGAGAUCGUGCGUUUGCCGUAGCUAAAAUGGCUUCUCUGACAGGAAAACGAUGGCCGAUUAUUGGAAAAAAGAUUCAUCCAGAAUUCCCGUAUAUCGAUGCUGAAAUACGUUACGGUGUACGAGAAUACGCUAGAACCGCAAUCGAUAUGAUCGCACGUCGAUUAAGACUCGCCUUUCUCAAUGUGCAAGCGGCUCAAGAAGCAUUGCCAGUUAUUAUAGAUAUCAUGGCCGAGGAGUUGCAUUGGUCGGCAGAGGAAAAGAAGAAGCAACAUCGUGAGGCCAGCGAUUUUCUCGCGCAAGAAAUGGGUCAAAUGGUGAAUCGUGCUUCUCGCGACAAGAUUCCAAUCAAUCUCACCAAAGAUGAGAUCCAGCUCUAUAUUAAACGCUUUGGAAUUAUAGACAAGGACAAAAAGGGAUACGUGUCUGUUAAUGAUAUUAGACGAGGAUUGAAGCUCUUUGGAGAUAAGGAAGUACCGGGUGAUGAACUUCAUGAAAUUCUACGCGAAAUCGACACCAAUAUGAAUGGUCAAGUUGAAUUGGAUGAAUAUCUUCAGAUGAUGUCAGCUAUAAAGUCUGGUCAUGUGGCAUACUCACGUUUCGCACGGAUGGCUGAAAUGGAGGAAGCGCAGCACGAAAAGGAAAUGCUCAAGAAACAAAUAAGCGUCGAGAGAUCAGGUGGAGGACUGUGAAGAGAAAUUCUUUCCCUUACGCUGUAAAGUUUUUAAAUAUUUUAAUCUAUUAUAUCUUUGUUUUGAUUUGAUGUGUUUCAUCAUUGUGUAUUUAUUACAGAAUAUCAGUACAUUCAAUCAAGCACACAUAUAUAUAUACUGUCGAAAUCAACUAAAUCAAAUAUCUUGCAAAAUAAAAUUAUCAUGAAUAGAGAGAGUAUUUAAAACAAUUAAAUAUUUUAAACUAUACAGUUUCAUAUUAAAUAAUUUGACACUCAAAUUAACUUCUUUAUAUGCGUAUCCAUCGCAAGUCAAUUUUUAUGAAUAAGUAAAAUUAAAAUAAUAUUGUAAGUAUAUAUACACACAUUAAUAAUUAAAAUUAUGCAUGUGUAUGUACACAAGGGGAAAAAGUUUUAAAAUUGUUACAAGUUUCCUGCAAUUCUACAAUCGCGUGUGUGUAUUACUUGUAUACAAGUGGAUUGUGUACAAGUUGCAGAAUAUUCGCAUUCUAUUUGUAUAAUUUAUAUAACUGACAUAUUAUAGCAAGUACUUAUGCAUAUUGCGUUCUAUUCUUGUAACAAGAGUACUCUAUUUCUAACAUACCAACUCUAUCUUGCUAAAUUGUCAAUACGGUAUUUAUAAUAUUUAGUGUUUACAAUUGCACCGUGCAUAUAUUUAAUUCAGAAUAAUUGCUCUCUUGUUCACCGAUAUAUAAAAUUCUGAUUUGAGAGUUGUGAAUAUAACGCAUUGUAAAAAGUAUUUCUUAGUAUAUUCAAUUUCUUGAAACUAAACUUAUAUAAUAGUGCAAACUGUUAUUUAUUGUAUAUCUAUUUAUUUCAUCAUUUACAUGUUACAUUAAAAUUGUACAAAUUAUGAAUAUAUACUGCAAAAAAGUACUUAAUUUAUUACCAUCACGUAAUGAUGCAAUUGACAAGCGUAUUAUCUUGUCAUAAAUUGUUUCAUAAUCAUCGCAUCAAUAAAGUAGAUGGCAAAUGAAGGA